CCAAAUGACCUCUCUUUUCAUGCAUUAGCCUUAUUUAAACUCCACCAAUCCCUACCCAAAUCCAUUAUAUCCAACCAAAAAAUCUUCUUCCUCUUAGUACUUUUUUCCCCUUUCUAUACAACAACUAUGGUUGUUUUAACUCAGCCACUUGUAGAAAAUUUUUCUCACAUUAAAACAUGCAAGAAUAACAGCACUAGUAGUGAUCAUCAUGAUCAUACUAGUAAUGUUAUUCCAGUGAUAGACUUAUUAGACCCUGAAGCCAACACUCUUAUUAUAAAAGCUUGUCAAGAAUUUGGAUUCUUUAAGGUGGUGAAUCAUGGUGUCCCUAUUGAGACUAUUACCAAAUUAGAAAAUGAAGCUGUUAAGUUCUUCAAUUUGUCACAAAUUGAGAAAGACAAAGCUAGCCCUGCUAACCCUUUUGGCUAUGGUAACAAAAGAAUUGGCUCUAAUGGUGAUGUUGGUUGGGUUGAGUAUUUGCUCUUCACAACUAACCCUCAACUCACUCACAACAAUUCCAUUACUAUUCCUGGAAAUUCUCUUCUUUUUCGGGCACUUGUUAAAGAGUAUGUAAAUGCAAUGAGAAACAUGGGAUGCAUGGUACUGGAAAUGAUAGCAGAAGGGCUGAAUAUAGAACAAAAGAAUGUGCUAAGUAGGAUGCUAAGGGAUGAGAAAAGUGACUCAUGUUUUAGGUUAAAUCACUAUCCACCAUGCCCAGAGUUGCUUCAAACAUUGAGUGGUAGAAAUUUGAUUGGAUUUGGAGAACACACAGACCCACAAAUAAUAUCAGUUGUUAGGUCAAACAACACAAGUGGCCUCCAAAUCUCUCUCAAAGAUGGGACAUGGCUCUCAGUCCCUCCUGAUCCCUACUCCUUUUUCAUCAAUGUUGGUGACUCCUUGCAGGUAAUGAGUAAUGGAAGGUUUAGGAGUGUGCGGCACAGAGUGGUGGCAGAUAGUUUGAGAGCCAGGGUGUCCAUGAUUUAUUUUGGAGGGCCACCUCUGAGUGAAAAGAUAGCACCUUUAUCAUGUUUAAUGGAGGAACCUGAUGAGCAAAUUCUCUACAAUGAAUUCACAUGGUCUGAAUACAAGAUGUCAGCUUACAAGACAAGGCUUGGUGAUAAUAGGUUGUCCCUCUUUGAAAGAAAACCAAGCCAUGAUCAACGACAAUAUGGUCAAAUGUAACCAUUUAGGAAAUUUGACUCCAUUUUGAAAAGAACAAGGAAACAACCUCUCGCAGAAACACACGAUAAAAUUGCGUGAUAUGGUCCUUUGUACACCGAGCUGUACUUGCCUAUCCGAGAGCUUCCACCUUUUUCACUUUUUUGGUGACUUAACCUCAUAAUCUUAAAAUUAAAGGUGAAGGUGCUUACGAUUUGGCAAUCCGCUCUUUAUCGAGUAGGGUCUCUCUUUAAGAAAAGAAAAGAAAAAAUCCUUUUUGAGGUGUUUUUUAGGUUUUUGGUUUUAUGUUGUCACCAACUUUUACUUUUUGUGCUAAAUUUUGUAACAACUACCCUUGUACUAUAAAUGAAAUGUGGUCAUCAUUAUGUCAUCAUCAACUUUGUAUA